AUGUCUUAUCAUAAGAGCUCUCUGGCAGCGUCCUACGCCUCGUAUUUCGUCCGCGUCCACACAAGACAUGGCAUUAAGACCUUGUCCUUUGACAUACUUGCCGACCUGUUUACGUUCACUGCCAAAAAAGCUGCUGAAGAUCUCGGCAUCAGUAGCCGCACGCUCAUUCGCGUGUGUCGUUCGUUAGGUAUCCGACGCUGGCCGUACCUUGGCUUCCGAAGUGAGAAAAAUGUCGAUCGGAUCCGUCAUGAAGCUCUAGAAAACCUACGACACAAGCUCGAGAAGGAAGGUGAGUCGUUGCCCACGGCUAUACUUCACUCCAACGCUCCUAGCCUUCGUGGUGCGAGCGCCAAACGUUUACUGCAAAUGAAGAUGUCUCAGCUGGUACUCCCGCCGCUGCAAACAGCAGUGCCAUCCGAGAUAAAUGUUGUACGUACGAGCUUUGGAUGUCCAUCCCCAACACUCUCCAACACCACCACAAAUGUUUCUGACGACGAUGAACGCAUGUCCGAGUCAGAUGAGAGCAUUCUCACAGCCAACGCACCGAUAGUACCGCAGGCUACAAUAUCCUUCCCCCCUCCGUUUCCGCUAGCAGCACCAUUGCUGACACCGCCAACGGCAGCGCGCGGUUUCAAUCUCGACGUUGAGCGUGUCAGUCCAAGCAAGGAGGCAGGUGUCACCUUUUCCGUCACAGAUCCAUGUGUGAAAAACAACUCCUGGACACUGCCAAGGAUUCCCGUACAAGCCGACGGUCCCUCCCGACCAGCGCCGCCGCCUAUGCCGUUCUUGGACUUACUCGUCGACGCGUCCAUCCUUACAAGCUUAAAAAAUAACACGUUCUCAACGUGGCCCAUUCACGAGAGCAGCACCCAGCAGCCACGGCAGCUCCACACCCGCCCUCGCACAAUGUCAAUGCAGGACAUUCUGGCGUUGGGUCACUGA